AUGAAGUUCUCUUCCGUUGCCGCUGUUGCGGCCCUUUCCACGGCGGCAUCCGCAGCCGAGCAAAAGUACUCGACCUGGAUGAUCGACUCCAUGAUCCUCAAGAACGUCGAGCCGGACAACCACUACACUAACGGCGUGCUCUACCGCGCGGCGGAUCUGGCAUACAAGGCCUACGGCAACAAGACCUACUACGACUGGACCAAGGCCCAGGUUGAUGCCGUGGUCAGCGAGAACGGCACCAUCACCGGAUGGCCUGCGGAGAAGGACUCUCUGGACGACAUCCUCUUCGGCCGGGCGCUACUGGAGCUGUACGGACAGACCAACGAGACGCAGUACAAGAUCGCGGCCGACAACCUGCGGCACUCGCUCGACAAGCAGAAGCGCACGCCGGCCGGCGGCUUCUGGCACCGCGUGCCCACGUACCCCAACCAGAUGUGGCUGGACGGCAUCUACAUGGCCGACGUCUUCUACGCGCAGUGGACGUCGCUGUUCGAGCCGGCCAACGUGACGGCCUGGGACGACAUCCUGCUGCAGUUCGAGCUGAUCGAGGAGCACCUGCGCAACAAGACGACCAACCUGCUCUACCACGGCUACGACGAGCUCAAGGAGGCCGUCUGGGCCGACCCCGUCACCGGCGCCAGCCCGCACGUCUGGGACCGCGCCCUGGGCUGGUACGUCAUGGCCCUGCUCGACGUGCUGGACUACUGGCCGAAGGACCACAAGGGCUUCGCCAAGCUGAUGGACUGGUACGUCACCGCCAUCGAUGGUGUCGUUGAUGCGCAGGACCAAGAGACGGGCGGCUGGUGGCUCGUCAUGGACGAGCCCUACGCCGGCGCCGAGGGCAACUACAUCGAGUCGUCCGGCACCGCCAUGUUCACCUACGGCCUGCUCAAGGGCCUGCGUCUGGGCUACGUCGCCGGCGAAAAGUACAGCCAGCCCGCCUUCAAGGCUUACGAACUCAUGACCACGGAGUAUGCCGUCGCCAACGCUACCGGCGGCAUGCUGAACUGGGAGGGCACGGUCGAGGUGGGCAGCUUGAGCGGUAACGCUUCUUACGAGUACUACAUCAGCGUCCCGCUUGCCGAGAACGACCUCAAGGGCGUCGGCCCCUUCAUCUACGCCAGUCUGGAGUACGAGGCCUACACUGCUUAA